AUGAGUGACCGCGACCAUUUGUGGAUGAGGAGGCUCUUUCUCGUGCUCACCAUCACCGUCCUCGGCCUGGUGUGCCUUCCAAUGGCGGAGCCCGCGCGCUCUACUCCGUGGGACCCGCCUGUAAGGCAGCACAAAGGUGGCCUCUCUGCUUGCCGCUGCAGACCAGUAGACAGUAGUACACCGCGCCGCCGCACGUUCACCAUUGCCCACUGCGAUGAAUGCGGAGGGCAUGACGGGCGCCGUCACCGAGACCUGGCCGCCCUCUCCACGCGGCUCCUGAUCCACCUCGGCAGCGACAAAGCCAACCUGGCCCUCUCACCGCCGCUGUCCUUUCACUCCGUCCUGGUGCUUCUGGCCGCCGGUGCCACGGGAGCCACCCUCGACCAGAUCGUCUCCUUCUUGGGCCCGUCGACGGGCGGCACGGCGCAUGCAUCCCUCGCCUCCCAUGUAGCCUCCGGUAUCCUCACCGGAGAAACGGGCGCGGAGCCCGACGUACGGAUCGCGGUAGGCGUUUGGGUGGACUCCUCGUUCCGGCUUAGGCCUGCCUUUGCAGACAAGGCCGCCUCCCAGUACAAGGCCGCGGGUCGACCCAUGCCUUUCCAAGAAAAGACUGAGGAGGCGAGAGUCGAGAUCAAUCGGUGGUUCGAGGACAAGACGGGCGGCCUCAUCAAAGACCUCAUGCCCAACGACCACCUCAGCAGCGACACCAUACUCGUCAUCGGCAACGCGCUCUCCCUGAGAGGCACAUGGCUCGACCCCUUCGACCGGGACGACACGGUGGACGGCGACUUCUUCUUGCCCGACGAGAGCAGUCCUGUGCGCGUGCCGUUCAUGACGAGCACAAACAGCCAACGCAUCAGCUCCCAUCCCGGCUUCAAAGUCCUGCAGCUGCCCUACGAGUGCAGCGGCAACCACCGGUUCAGCAUGCACAUCUACCUCCCCGACGACCGUGACGGCUUACAGGCUUUGGUCCGCGAGCUCAGCUCCGACACGGCCGGGCUCCUAGACCGCUGCGUCCCUCAACAGGCUGUCAUGGUGGGGGACUUCAGGAUCCCCAAGUUCAAGGCGUCCUUCAAGAUAGAGGCGUCGGACCUUCUGAAGAAUCUGGGGCUGGAGCGCCCGUUCCACUUUUCGUAUGACUUCGCGGAGAUGGUUGACUGCUCCGAGCCUCUCACGGUGGGCAGCGUGCUUCACCAGUGUGUCGUUGAGGUCGACGAGGAUGGGACCAUGGCCGCUGCGUCGACCGAAGCUGAUGUGAUAAUGGGGUGCUCCAUCGAGGGGGAGGAGCCUGAAGCUGUCGACUUCGUGGCGGACCACCCGUUCUUGUUCCUCGUCACGGAGGACCGGAGUGGUAUACUGCUUUUUGCAGGGCAAGUCGUCAAUCCUCUGCUCUAGUUCUGCUGCCUAGAGAAUCCAUGAGUGCUAGUGGUAGCCGUAUUCUCUCCGGUAGCGCGAGUGGAUUAAUAACAACGAAAGAUUAUUUUGUCCUCCAGGGAAAAAAUCAUUUAAUUGUUGCUGUCAACAACUUUGUUUGAUCCAUAAAUCAGCACCAGGGCUUAUCAUGGUU